GCAUGUGCAGUGCUGCGAGCGCGCCGGUGGCCGCCCUUCCCCCACCACCAGCCGCGAGUGGGUGACAGAGCCCCCGUCUCCGCGUGUCUUCGCCGCCCCGCGCCGUGACCCGCUGUGGCACUGGGCCACGAGUGGAGGCUGCGCCCCUCCAGUUUCACCUUCAUAGUUCUCUGCCUCUCCCAAAAACUGCAGAAAAUGAACAAAUCCCAGGGAUCAGUUUCAUUCACGGAUGUGACUGUGGACUUUACCCAGGAGGAAUGGGAACAACUGGACCCCUCUCAGAGGAUCCUAUACAUGGAUGUGAUGCUGGAGAAUUAUAGCAACUUACUUUCAGUGGAAGUGUGGAAGGCUGAUGACCAGAUGGAGAGAGACCACAGAAACCCAGAUGAGCAGGCAAGGCAAUUUUUAAUUCUUAAGAACCAAACCCCAAUUGAGGAAAGAGGUGAUCUCUUUGGAAAAGCACUUAAUCUGAACACAGACUUCGUUUCUUUAAGACAAGUACCCUAUAAAUAUGACUUAUAUGAAAAAACUUUGAAAUAUAAUUCAGACUUGCUUAAUAGUAAUAGAAGCUAUGCAGGAAAGCAGACUGAUGAGUGUAAUGAAUUUGGAAAAGCACUUCUCUACCUGAAGCAAGAGAAAACCCACGCUGGAGUAGAAUAUUCUGAAUACAAUAAAAAUGGAAAAGCCCUCAACCAUAAAGCAGCCAUUUUUAAACAUCAGAAAAUAAAAAACUUGGUUCAACCUUUCAUUUGUACUUACUGUGACAAGGCUUUCUCCUUUAAGUCACUCCUCAUUAGUCAUAAGAGAAUACAUACUGGAGAAAAACCAUAUGAAUGUAAUGUAUGUAAGAAAACCUUCUCCCAUAAGGCCAACCUCAUCAAACAUCAGAGAAUUCACACUGGGGAGAAACCCUUUGAGUGUCCGGAAUGUGGAAAAGCUUUCACCCACCAGUCAAACCUCAUUGUACACCAGAGAGCACACAUGGAGAAGAAGCCCUAUGAAUGCAGUGAAUGUGGAAAGACGUUUGCCCAAAAGUUUGAACUCACCACACACCAGAGAAUUCAUACAGGAGAGCGACCCUAUGAGUGUAAUGAAUGUGCAAAAACCUUCUUCAAGAAGUCAAACCUUAUCAUACAUCAGAAGAUUCACACGGGGGAGAAACGGUAUGAGUGCAGUGAAUGUGGAAAAUCCUUCAUCCAGAACUCACAACUCAUUAUCCACAUGAGAACUCAUACAGGAGAGAAACCCUACGAAUGUACUGAAUGCGGCAAAACUUUCAGCCAGAGGUCAACUCUUAGAUUACACUUGCGAAUCCACACAGGAGAGAAACCAUAUGAGUGUUCUGAAUGUGGGAAGGCCUUUAGCAGGAAGUCCCGACUCAGUGUCCAUCAGAGAGUUCAUGUCGGGGAUAAACCCUGAAACUCCAGCCAGGUUGUACUGUGGAAAACUCCUGCCAGAACUCUUCAAGCGGGUGAGAAGCCUCGUGACAGUUUUGAGGGAACAUGGGAAUUCAUACUGAGAUGCAAUCUCUCAACUCAAAAAUGUAUUAAAAAUAGGAUCCCAUGAGAACAUUAUACUGGAAGUUACAUGUGAUACCCAGCUAAAGAAUACAUAUCAGAAUAUAUACAGUUGUAAAUAGCCAUACCCAGUUGUACUACAAUGAGCUUUUUAAAAUCUUGAAUGAAUUGAGUAUUCUAGACAGCAGCAUAAGAGAUAUAAAAACAGUGUCCUAUGAAUUUAGUGGUUUUAUGUGGAUAUGUCACAAAACACAAGUGGUAUGUUUUAGAUCUGCACAUGUGAAUUUAGCAUAAUCACUGGGAAUUUGAAAUUCUUGUCCUCUGUGAUAAUUAGGACAUAACAAGAUUUUCUAUACUAAACAUCACAUGUGUUUUUCAGUAUCUCUGCAAUCCAGUAUGCAUUCCAAAUGAAAUGUGUCACAGAUUUAAAGUAGCAUGGAACCUACGUCUUUCCCUACUGCUUGCUGGCAUAUAUAAGUUGGUAUGAACAUUGUUUUUGAGCUGCCUCUUACGAAACAGAAGACAGUGUUGAAGUUUUCCCUGCUUCUGGUUUGCUGAAGAUUUUCUAGAAGCACUAUUUAUACAAAUAUGCAAAUGUGAAAUAAUUGAUCUGUAGCGUGAAGGAGGCAGACAUGAGUUGUACUACUCAGUAUGCACCACAGAAUAAGAGUUUGCCAUGUAAAGACAAUAUCCCCAUUCAUCAUGCUCUUAUUUUCCAGUGGGAUAUUUGCAUACAAAUGCAUGUCUAUUACCAAAAUAUUGUGUAACAGACAGAAACUACCUGUUUUUGUCUUUCCUUGUUUCUCUUAAUAUUUCAUGAAUUGUCUAGCAAAAAUGGUAGGAUGCUUCUAUAGUUCACAAAUGUUACAUUUCAGAGACCUUAGAGGAAAAAUUAUUUUAAGUAACUGUCAACUGUUUCAUUGCUUUUUAAAUUUUUCAUGUGCAUAACACCCCCUUUAGAAAUGAUUUUUUACAAUAUUUUGUUUAAAGGAGGCAUGUCUACUUCCUUGAGUUGCACUAUUGCCAACCUAAAACAUUUCCCUUUGCAAUAUGACUUAAAAGUUAUUACCUUUCCUUUAAAUGUUUCCACUUUUAUAAAAGUCAGAUUUUUCAGUGGUCUCUCCAUAUAUUAAGAAUUUUUGUGUAACUCAAAGAUACGCUUUUAUAGACUUGAUUUCAAUUUUUUUUUUUUUUUUUUUUUUUGAUACGGAGUCUCGUUUUUUCACCCAGGCUGGAGUGCAGUGGCC